CAUCUUUAUGAAAAUGCCGAUUUUGUUGAUUAUUUUAUACAUCGUUUCUAUUGCCUUUCUAUACCUAGAACUAGCUUAUUGUGUCUGUGCCCGUGCUGAAUAUGAGAUAAACGGACAUUGCUGCCCUAUGUGUGCACCUGGUAACCGUGUUUUAUGGCAUUGCACAGUGGAUACCAGCACAACUUGUGCACCCUGUAAUACAUUCACAUACACUGAUGAGUCUAAUGGCCUUGAAAUAUGCUUUCCCUGCUCGGCCUGUGAUGAAGGUUUAAGGAUACAGAAGGCCUGUACACGGUUAUCAGAUACAGUUUGUGAGCCACUAGAAGGAUUCUCCUGUAUGGUCCAAGAAAAAGGCCGCUGUAGAUUAGCUGUUAAACAUUCUCAGUGUAAACCUGGAGAAUACAUCCAACAAAGAGGAACAGCAAACACUGAUACUGUAUGUGGUGAAUGCAUUAAUGGCACCUACUCUGAUGGCACUUUCACAGCUUGUCAGCCACAUACAUUAUGUCAGAGUAUGGGACGUAAACAAAUAAAAACGGGAACAAUGUCAUCUGAUGCUAGAUGUGAACACACUCCAAAUGGUCUUGUUGUUGGAAUCAUAACUACUGUUGCGGUCAUUGUUGUUGUUGUUAUUGGAGUCUCAGUAACCCAGUAUGUCAUAUUCAAGCACAAGUCAAAGGCUCGUCCAGGGAUAAGGUCUGUCCAGUUCCGAAAUGUUGGUGGAGGGCUUUUAAAAUGCGUAUACAUAUAAUCCAUGGACUUGAUGUUACUUAAUACAUUUCAACCAGUCAAAGCUGAAACAAAAAGAGAACUCAAAAAAGAAACAGAAAUAUUGGUUUCUUAAGGUAGACCAGCUAUUUACUGAGAGAGAGAACACUAUGCAUACAUGUGUUCUCUUGUUAUAUAUAACAUAAAAUUAUGUAUUAUUCUUAACCCUUUUUAUUAAAAAAACUGAAAUGGAUAAUGGAUGCACUCACUAUUGAUUACCAUGGUAAAGUUUAUGAAUCAUUCAUCAGAAAUUUUGACAUUAAUCUAUGCCUCGUACCUGAACAGUUACUUGCAUACGCUGAAAUUAGUACACAGUAUAACACAAUAUACUAUAUUUGUGAAUCAUUUUUGUGACAUGAUGACACAUAUUUGUAAAUAUAUUAAAUUUAAGCCCCCCCACCCCCAAUUUAAUGUCUGAAUUUCUGACAGUUCAUAUGUAAUCAUAUGUAUAUACUUUGAAUAAAUAAUCUGUAAAUUCUAGUAGUAUCUAUUAUACUGACAAGCUAUUUGCUUCAUAAUAAUGUACAUCACACAUUUAAGAAACAUUAAUAACCCAUGACACUUCUCUUUCAGACAUGUUUUGUACCAACAUUCAGAAUGUUUCAUGGUUGAAAUUCACUGCAAAAAUAACUAAUAAAAACCUUAACUAGCAAA